UUAGAAUCUCGCGAGAACAUCAAAUGUACGUUUACAGAAAACAUGGCGGACAGACUAACGCAGCUUCAAGACGCGGUCAAUUCGCUUGCGGAUCAGUUUUGUAACGCCAUAGGAGUCUUGCAGCAGUGCGCUCCUCCAGCUUCUUUCAGUAACAUCCAGACUGCCAUCAACAAGGACCAGCCUGCCAAUCCCACGGAGGAAUAUGCUCAGCUGUUUGCAGCCCUCAUCGCCAGAACAGCCAAAGAUGUGGAUGUGUUAAUUGACUCUCUGCCCAGUGAGGAGUCCACUGCAGCUUUACAGGCUGCGAGUUUGCGUCAGUUGGAGGAGGAGAACCAUGAUGCAGCAGCACGUUUGGAGGAGGUGGUUUACAGAGGGGACGUCCUCCUCGAGAAGAUCCAGAGCGCCUUGGCCGACAUCGCACAGUCUCAGCUCCGAACACGAAAUGCUGCCCCCACACAAGCUUCUCCCAAUGAGUCCUGACUGAAAAAGGAUUAUUAUGGACUACAUAGACUCUUUACAUUUGUGUUUACAAGUUUAAGUUUAACAGAUCCCAAAAUACAGCUGGGGCAUGUUUUUAUGACAUCUGGUAAAACACUGUGGCUGGAAAAUGUCAAUCUCCCACCCUACACAUCUUUAUAAAUUUAGUUUUGCCAAGUACUAUUAAUAUUAUUGAUUUAAAUUAAUCCUAGUUUUGAAUGACCAAGGUCAAACCAAAAAAUGCAGGGAUUUUUUUUUUAAACCAACAACAGUGUAGGUAAUUUAAAUCAAGUACUGGAUCAAGACAUCAAGACCCACCUUAACUGAAGAACUUAAGGACUCCUUAAGGGAAAAAAAAUCUCUAGUAAAAUUAUUGUAAUUUGGGGUUGAGAGAGUCAUAAAAUAAAAAAAUGCAGUCCAAAAUAAGUAGAGAGGCUGCAGUGAAUGUCACCCUUGGCUUUCAGUCUGAAUAUUUUACUAAUGACUCAAUGAGUAAAUUAUUAAAGUAUUAAGUCAGUGUUUCUAAGUGGCACUGGUGUAUGAGUGGGUCUGGAUUCUGUUUGGUUGUGACCUCUAUAAACUAUAAACUAUAAACUCACUGAGCUCACAUAACAGGAUCAUCUAUUUAACAUCUAGACUGUCUCAGCUCUGUAAAAUUCUAUAUAACUCUAUUCCCAACCUGUGAUUAUCCUUAAGUCCCUUAAAGGGCCUAUUUUACGCUAUUUUCUGAUCUAUGUUAUAAUGUUGUUUCCUCAUCAAAAACAUACCUGGAGAUGUGUUUUGUUUAAUUCACACGUUUAACACACGAAUCCUGCAUAUUUAGGCUGAGUUCUUCUCUCUAACGAAAAACACUUUGCAAAUAUUUCAUUUUACCAAGUACUAAAUUUCCUCAUUUGUAUGACCAAGGUUAAACAAAAAAUACAGGGAAAUCUCUUUUUUUAACCCAACAACACCUAGAAAAUGUAAAUCAAGCACUGGAUCAAGACCUUAAGACCCACCUCAACUGAAGAACUGGAGGAGUCCUUUAGGAAGUUCUGAUUUGUUUAAUUCACAUGUUUAACACAGAUCCUGCAUUUUUAGGCUUACUUCUUCUCUUAAAUGAAAAAAGUGCUCCAUUGUGUUUUUAAGCUUCAUACAGCAUUAGAAUAAUCUGUAUGAGUUCAGUCUUGGAACUGCCAAUCUCUGAACAGAAGGUAAAAGGUAGCUGUUAACUACCACUACACGACAUCACAAGGUGGAACAGAGCAUUUUGAGCUUUGUAGAUGAGGACAGACUAAUAAUAAAGAGUUACUCAAAUGUGUGAAUGGAAACAACACAACUCCAGGUGUGUUUUUGCUGAAGUAUCAGCCCUAUGACAUGGCUUAAAGCUCACAAGUCAAUUUUGUGUAAUAUUGGAAUAUAUGUACUUAGAAAUACUAAGUACCUCUUGAGCUGUACCUCAUUUUUAUAAUACAUAUGCUGUAUAAUAGGCACAACAAAGCAAAUGUUUUGUAGAUAUUUGUAUACAAUAAUUACAAUAUUUCUUAUG